UCUGUACAAGUUCAUCUUUAACAACAAACUACACGGUGAGGAAAUAUUUGCUAAUCCGAAGGUAUGAAUGUGUUUUGAAGAGGAUAAAAGCAUUUCAAUGAUAUUUACUCUUUAUCAAAUUAACUAUUAUAAACAUCGAAAAUGCCUAGAAGGACGAAAGCAAGAAAACCAAUUGUUAUGUUCUGUGAUUUGAGAAGAGCAAGUGACGAAAUCAUAAAUAUUUCAUCUCAAAAUGGAGCCGAAGGAGUUGUAACGCAAAUGCUUCCCAAGUCACAUAUCAGCCAUGUUAUCCUGAACGCAAAUGUGAGUGAAGAGAGAUUUCUAGAUAUGAAGGUUUCGACAGAGAACAAAAUGCAAAAGAAAAGUAGAGAUGUUCAUGACCAUUUUAUAAAUACUUUCAAGAUGAGACUUGAGAGAAAGCAAAACAGAUGGAUGAAGGAAGACAACUACGUCAGCAAAAACCUAAAUAUCAUGGCCUCUCCCCGUCGACCAAUGAGCGUUGAUUUUACUGACGGAUAUCCAGAAACUCUUCUUGCAACACCCCAGAGUAUUGCUCUUUAUCGUCCUGCAAAAUAUCCAUACAGUGCAAUUACAACGAGGCAAAAGAUCUCACAUGAAAACACUCCAUCUCCCCAGAAGAUGGCAUCUCGAUCGCAAACGUCGAUGAACAUUAACAGAUUGCCUCAAAUUCCCCCUUCGAGAAGUGGCGCUCGUCACAACCAACACAGCGCAGUUGACAAACCAGAACGGGCUGUUGGAGAUAAAGUGAAAUUGCCUCAAGCCAAUGGAUCCAACAAUAUAGUGGGACGAGCAGCUCAAGAAAACAGCUUUUAUGAUAGUGGUCGACGAAGGAACAACGUAAGCGCUAACUGGACCUCGCGUGCUACAACAACGCAGCGAUCAAGAGGGCGAAAAGUUGGAUUUAAGAUGCAGGACGAACGCUUUGAAAGCUUGAUGCAAUAUCUUUCGCCGGUUUGGGACAAACAUAGUUUACGCAGCGGACCUGAUAUUUUUACAAGAAUGGAUUCCGCCAUGUCUAAAGCUUCAUCAAGACUCGUCGCAAGCAGAUCGUGAAUUGGGCACUAUCGUUAUCACGUAGUAUGCAUUCAACAAUCACAACGUAUUCAUCGAAGCCAUACCCAUUAUGGGAAAAUGCCAUGUAGAUUUCAAGCCACAGACAUUUGCCAAACAUUUUCUUCAUUUGAAACAAGAUAUGUACAACAUAUCUUUUGAUUGUGAUCUUUUUGUCCGAUAAAUAUCCAUGACUGCAAAACAAGGACGUCCUAGUCCAAUAUUGCGUUGCAUAUUUUGCUCACUUAUAUUUUCAUUUUCUCUUUUUUGUAUCUAUAAAUCAGUACCAGCAAUGUGCGAGCAGUUGAAACCAAUUUCAACAUGAAUAAAAUGAAUUAAG